UAAAGUUACUGUAUUAAUCGUGUCAAAGUUAUAAAAAUUAACGGUAUUAAUUAAAAGGGAGGAUUACAUUUCAGUUUAUAUGAGUGUUGGGAUAUAUUAUCCCGGCCUAUUACUGUUCAUGAGUCCAAGGCUUUACGUAGUACGGAGCCCGAGCAGCUAGGCCCAUUUCGGCCCAUCCGGCCCACUUUAGCCAUUUGGGCCCACUCCGGCCCAUGCGGCCCAUUAGGGUGGAGAGCAUCCCCUUCCCCUAUUCUCUAUAAAUAUAGGAGUUUCCCUCCAUAUUAUGGAUCCUUUUCUUCUUCCUCCUUCUCACUAGAAUAGCUUAGAACUCCAUUAAUGGGAGCUUCAAUACUUGUACUAUGUAAUGGUGAGGAGAGUCCUAAUGAGAAUGAGAGGGCUUGGACAUUAGCCUAAAAAGUCCCGUGGUUUUCUCCCUUUCGGGUUUCUACGUAAAAAUAGUUUGUUCAUACACAUUCAUACAUAUAUUUACUAUAUCGUGUUGGAUUAAACUCAACACUGGCGCCGUCUGUGGGAAUCUGUCCAAAAAGAUUCAUGUGUUUCUACUGUUCUUGAGUUUUCUACAAAAAAAAAUCCAUACGAAAAGCUACUUCAGCUUGAUUUGCCACAAAAGAGAUACAGAAAAUGGACUGAUUUUCAACAAGGGAAGAAAGAGGAAAAAGAUUCUGGAAGGGGAUGAAAGAAGCAGGAAAAAAGAGAAAAAGGAGUUAUGGAAUCUGGAGGUUCGAAUCGGGUUUGCUUCCAGAUCUGGUCCGCGGUCGCCGGAGCCACCGUCUCCGCCGCCAGGAAAUCCCUGGUGGGUCUAGCCGCACCAGUCGGAGGCCGCGGUAACCUCCAAGGUCUCGUCACCUCGGUCCUGGGAGACCUCCAGCGCAGCAGUGCUGUUCAUCAGUCGGAGAUGUUCUCCUACAACUAGAACGCAGCACCGUCGGUCAUCGCCGGCGGUCAACGGCUCCUGGUCGCUCCGACACUCACCGGCCACCGCUUGGAGGAUUUGUUGGCGGAGAAUCUUUGAGUUUCCACCAUUAAUGGCAGUCCGGAGCUCUGGGAGGAUACAUCAGAACCUCAACCAACCUCCCACCGAAAAGCUCACCCUCUGGCCGGCCUUGCUCCGCUGCAACCGUCGUGCCGCCCUCGAUGAGUAGCCGACGCGGAUGGUCUGGCCUUGGGGUCGCUGAUCCGAUGUCCACGUUAUUCUUCCAAAAAUAAGGAGCACCAUUCAUAUUGCCUUGGUACUAAGCAGACCACGUCUGCGUGCCGCUUUCCUUGGGGAGCUCAAUUUCACUUUCCUUGUAGCACAAUUUUGACCAGGGAAUUUUGACCAAGUCCGAACCUACUCCUCAAAGAAGCUAAGUGCCCAUCUUUUAAAUUGAUGCACGUAAUUAUUAAUACUUAAUAGUUAGAGAUACUAAUAUUAUUAUUAGUUAAUCAGCUUUUUAUCACCAUUAUUUAUUACGGGAAUUAAAAUGUCCCGAAUUAAAUACUGUCGAGCGACGCUCUAGUGAUAAUUAGUUUCACCGUCAUUUUAAUUUAAUGACUGGUUGUUGUGGGCCCGUCGGCCCACUCCUGAUCGGCUUUAAUUAGCGAACGGAGUGUACCUGAAUGGCCUUUGAUAUGAUAAUAUCAUUGCUAUUACCUGUUAUAUCACUAUUAUUUAUUAGGGAUAAAAUGUCCCGAAUUAAAUAAUGUGGAGCGAAGCUCUAGUGAUGGUUGGUUCAGCCAACAUUUUAUUGAAUAUUUAAUUUCUUGUGGGCCCGUUAACCCACUCUCGAUCGGCUUGAUUAAGCGGUCCGAGCGUCUCCAGAAGGGCGAUGCCCCGACGACGCAUUUUAAUUUGAGGGUUGCGCAUUAGUCCGCACGGCACUACGUGCCCGAUCGACGAUCGUACCCCAGUGUCAUUUACGCCAUUAGGCGUGAAAUGAUUAUUGCCAAACGCGGCCUGUGGGGCCCGAAGGCACCAAAGCACCCAAUCUCCUUUUUCUGAGGGCAGUGCGACCAAUUUGGGUCUGAGUUUGAAAACUCACAGACCGAUGAAUAUCUCUAUGUGACGUUCGGCGGGCUGCUAAUUGGCCCCGCCGCGAGCUGCUACGUCCAUUAACCCCGCACGAUGAGCCGGGCCGAGGGUCACGAUGACCCAUAGGCCGGUAAUCGUGGGUGUUAGAAAGAAAACCAUGCAGAUGGUUAUGUGUGUAUACAUAUUGUCGGGCCAUGCGGCCCGUUAUCAUGCUUAUUGCGCAGCUGAAGCCACUCAACGCGCUUGAGCGAAAUGAUUAGAAGACGCUCGGCCCCGAGUCUUGAAGACGUGCAGGGCCGGCUAAAGAGGAGACCAUCACGGCUGAGGACCGUGAGACGAGCAUCUCCACCUAGAGGCCGAGGGCCUAGAGGAGACCACCACGGUUGAGAACCGUAGGACGAGUAUCUCCACCCCAGAGACCGAUGGCAUAGGAAGAACACCUAGAGGCCGAGGAUCUAGAGGCGAAUGCCAUGACAGAGAACCGUGAGACGAUCACCCGUCAUUCAGAGGCCGAGGGCCUAGAAGAGAUCGUCACGGUCGAGGGCCGUCUGACGCCAUCAUUACAUCAUGACUGGCCCCUCGGCACGACAUGAUCAUCAUAUUUGAAGACUGGCCUCGUCCCCGCGCUGCGCGGAUGAGGACCGUUGCUUGGAUUUCAGAUCGGCCUCUCAUUGCCGACAUCAUUACAUCAUGACCGGCCUCUCGGCACGGCAUGAUUAUCUUAUUUGAAGACCGGCCUCGUCCCCGCGCUGCGUGGAGGAGGACCGUUGCUGGAUCUCAGAUCGGCCUCUCAUUGCCGACAUCAUUAUAUCACGACCGGCCCCCCGGCUCGGCGUGUUUUCCAUACUUGAAGAUCGGCUUCGUCCCCGCUCCUCGCGGAUGAGGACCGCUGAUUAUCUCUCUUUGGAUCGGCCCCAACGCCGACGUCAUACACGGCCACCGACCUCCUGGUACGGUGCCACCAUCAUAUUUGAAGACCGGCCUUGUCCCCGCACUGCGCGGACGAGGACCGUUGCUUGAUUUCAGGUCGGCCUCUCAUUGCCGACACCAUUAAAUCACGACCGGCCUCCCGGCUCGGCGUGCUUCCCAUAUUAGAAGACCGGUUUCAUCCCCGCUCCUCGCGGAUGACGGCCGUUGCUUGUUUUCUCAGGCUGGUCUCUCAUUACCGAUGUUAUUAUAUCACGAUCGGCCUCUCACUGCCGACGCUAUCAUGUUAUGUUCGGCCUCUCGGCACGACAUAUUUAUCUUUUGAAGACCGGUUUCAUCCCCGCGCUGCGUUGGAUGAGAGCCGUUGCUCGGAUAAAUCGGCCUGACCGGACACUAUUGUCAUCUCCAUUAUCAUGACCGACUGCUCAGCGACAUUAUGAUCAUUGUAUAUCGGCUCCCAAUGCCGACCUUCUUGAGUUAGCGAUCGGGCUCACCCCUCCCUUCAUGAGGGUGACCAUCGCCUUCGCAUGACAUUAUGUGUGACAUCACUUGUGGUUAUUCUUGGAACCGACGAACGUAUUUUCCUCCCUCAAAAAAAAAAAAGAAGAAGAAAAAAAAAGAAGAAAAGAAAAGAAAAAAAAAAGAUGGGGAGAAGGGGAGACGAGAUCCUAUGAGAGAGGGAGUCUUGACGAGGUAUGCCUGAUCUUCCUUCGCCGCGUAUGACGAACGUCUCCCGACGCGGAGGCUAGUAGGAACGUGGGGGGGGGGGGCUAGACGUACCAAAGGGAACCUCGGCAAGAUAAACCAGUUCCUCCCAUGACCCGUGGUUCGAUGAACACCUUCUGCUAAAGCAGAAGUCUAGUAGGGCCACGAGCAUGGGACGACGAAGCAGGGAAUCCCGACGUGGAUAAACCAGUGACCUCCUUGCGAUCGUUGGAUGACCGAACGUCUUCUUCGAAGCAAGAAGAUUAGUAGGACCACGACAGGGACGAACGAAGAAUAGGGAAUCCCGACGUGGAUAAACCUGUUCCUCCUUGCGAUCGUGGGAUGACCAAACGUCUUCUUCGAAGUAAGAAGAUUAGUAGGACCACGACAAGGACGAACGAAGAAUAGGGAAUCCCGACGUGGAUAAACCUGUUUCUUCUCAUAGUUGGGAUGACGAACGUCUCCUGCGAAACCAGGAGACCAGUGCUCACGAGACUUGGGAAGAAUGAAGAACCAGUUCUUUACCGGAGUCUGUUGCGUGACGAGUGUACACCGCUUAGCGGUCCAUACAUAGGACCACAGAUACGGUAGACGAACGAAGACCAGCUCCAUGGAUCCGACAUGAAGAACCAGUUCUUUAUCGGAGUCUGUUGCGUGCCGAGUGUACACCGCAUAGCGGUCCGUACAUAGGACCACGGAUACGGUAGACGAACGACGAUCAGCUCCCCAGAUCAGGUAGGAGGGACAUCGCCCAGAUUUAUUUCAGGCUCACCAUUCUUUCCCGGAUGGAGUCCUGGCAGACGAUCGGCUUCUCACAGCCAAUCAGGAGAGAGACUUGACACAUCACCAGCACGGCCGAGGGCCGCGAGACGAUUAUCACUCACCGACAGGCCGAGGUCCAUGAGAUGAUCAUCACUAUUUUUCUGUAUCACGAUCGGCCCGAUAGCGCCAUCGUGUCCAGAUUCACGGUUCGGCUCGCCCAUUCCCUUCCAGGAUGGCGACGACCGUCUUAUGCAGUACGAUCGGCCCCUCAGCGCCAUCGUACCCAGCUCACGUUCAGCUCGUCCAUCCCCCCAGGAUGGCGACGAACGUCUUAUGCACCACGAUCGGCCCCUCAGCGCCAUCGUGUCCAGGUUCACGGUUCGGCUCGCCCAUUCCCUUCCAGGAUGGCGACGACCGUCUUAUGCAGUACGAUCGGCCCCUCAGCGCCAUCGUACCCAGCUCACGUUCAGCUCGUCCAUCCCUUCCAGGGUGGCGACGAACGUCUUAUGCAUCACGAUCGGCCCCCUCAACGCCAUCGUGUCCGGACUCACGGUUCGGCUCGCCCAUUCCCUCCAGGAUGGCGACGACCGUCUUAUGCAGUAUGAUCGGCCCCUCAGCGCCAUCAUACCCAGUUCACGGUUCGGCUCGCCCAUUCCCUCCAGGAUGGCGACGACCGUCUUAUGCAGUACGACCGGCCCCUCAGCGCCAUCGUACCCAGCUCACGUCCAGCCCGUCCAUCCCUUCCAGGGUGGCGACGAACGACUUAUACAUCACGAUCGGCCCCUCAGCGCCAUCGUGUCCAGAUUCACGGUUCGGCUCGCCCAUUCCCUCCAGGAUGGCGACGAACGUCUUAUGCAGUAUGAUCGGCCCCUCAGCGCCAUCAUACCCAGUUCACGGUUCGGCUCGCCCAUUCCCUCCAGGAUGGCGACGACCGUCUUAUGCAGUACGACCGGCCCCUCAGCGCCAUCGUACCCAGCUCACGUCCAGCCCGUCCGCCCCUUCCAGGGUGGCGACGAACGUCUUAUGCAGCACGAUCGGCCCCUCAGCGCCAUCGUGUCUCUUUCACGUUCGGAUCGCGCAUCUCUUCCAGGAUGGCGACGAACGUCUUAUGCAGUGCGAUCGGCCCCUCAGCGCCAUCGUACCUGGCUUUACGGUUCGGCUCGCACAUUCCCUCCGGGAUGGCGACGACCGUCUUAUGUAGCACGAUCGGCCCCUCAGCGCCAUCGUGUCUCUUUCACGUUCGGAUCGCGCAUCUCUUCCAGGAUGGCGACGAACGUCUUAUGCAGUGCGAUCGGCCCCUCAGCGCCAUCGUACCUGGUUUCACGGUUCGGCUCGCACAUUCCCUUCAGGAUGGAGACGACCGUCUUAUGCAGCACGAUCGGCCCCUCAGCGCCAUCGUGUCUCUUUCACGUUCGGAUCAUGCAUCCCCUCCAGGAUGGCGACGAACGUCUCAUAUGCAGCACGAUCAGCGCCCCAGCGCCAUCGUGUCUGGCUCGUGUUCGGCUCGCCCAUCCCUUCCAGGAUGGCGACGAACAUCUCUUAUACAGCUCGAUUGGCCCCUCGGCGGCAUCAUGCCUAGUUCACCUCCGGCUCCGCCCAUGCCAUCUCGGAUGGGGGACCCGUCGUAUGCAGCAUGAUUGGCCCCUCGGCGGCAUCAUGUCUAGUCCACCUUCGGCUCCGCCCAUGCCAUCUCGGAUGGGGGACCCGUCUUACGCAGCGCGUCUGCUUCUCGGCGCUGACAUGCCCGGGUUAUCGAUGAGAGCUACUGCUUCUAUCACAUCUUGCAUUCCCUCUCUCAUACAUUACAUACAUACAUUACAUGCAUACAUACAUUCAUGCAUCAUACCUCAUACAUUCAUACAUACACACGUGCAUCAUGUUUUGACAGUACCGCGACGUCGGUUUAUAGAUGAUGGACCUCUAAGCUUCUCCGAUUGGAAAGCUCGAGUCAGAGUUCUUUACUCCCGCCUGAUGCAUUCAGGGGGAGUGUGCCCGUGGAGGAGCACCCUUCGCCCGACCCUGUCGGGAAGGGGGGUGCCUCACUGGUAGAUUACGUUCAGGAGUGCAGACACUCACUCAUAUAUGAUGAUUAUGUGAAGACACAAUUUCCAGCAAGACAGAGGAAGAGCGCAGGCAGAGUAUAUUUUCUCGAGCAGAUUCGCGGGCUCACUACUCAAGAAACUGGGGGACUUGUGUUGGGAUAUAUUAUCCCGGCCUAUUACUGUUCAUGAGUCCAAGGCUUUACGUAGUACGGAGCCCGAGCAGCUAGGCCCAUUUCGGCCCAUCCGGCCCACUUUAGCCAUUUGGGCCCACUCUGGCCCAUGCGGCCCAUUAGGGUGGAGAGCAUCCCCUUCCCCUAUUCUCUAUAAAUAUAGGAGUUUCCCUCCAUAUUAUGGAUCCUUUUCUUCUUCCUCCUUCUCACUAGAAUAGCUUAGAACUCCAUUAAUGGGAGCUUCAAUACUUGUACUAUGUAAUGGUGAGGAGAGUCCUAAUGAGAAUGAGAGGGCUUGGACAUUAGCCUAAAAAGUCCCGUGGUUUUCUCCCUUUCGGGUUUCCACGUAAAAAUAGUUUGUUCAUACACAUUCAUACAUAUAUUUACUAUAUCGUGUUGGAUUAAACUCAACAAUGAGCAAUAGUUAAAAUAAAAGAAUGAACAAUUGAUAAGUCAGAGAUUAUAGUUUAUUGAAAUUAGGGGUGGGUUCGGUUUAUGCGGUUCGGUUUUGACCUAAAACCAAAUGUAGAAUCAAACUAAAAACUUCGGUUCGGUUCGGUUCGGUUUGUUCAUAUUUUUUGUCCAACCACGGUUGAUUCGGUUCGGUUUUGUUCGGUUCGAUUUCGGUUUUUUCGGUUUUAAACCAAAAGACACAUACUUUCUGAAAAAAGAAAUGACGUGCAAUUGUGCAAAAUAACCAAAGUGCAGGAAAAUAAAACACAAAGUACUGAAGAAAGUCAAUUCCUGCCUUACAAUUUAAAUAAAGUGCACUAAACAUUAGUGCAUGACACUUAAAAGUUAAGCGUAGUAAACUUGGAUAUAGUGCAGCAAAAUAAAAUGCAGUCCCAACUGAAAUCAAAAUAAAAUGCAGUCCCAAAGGGAGAUCCGCUCAUUUUUGCUUCACAUCUUGAAUCGAGAGAGCAAAGUGGAGAGUGGGUAUUCGUGUGAAGGAGUGAUCUCGUAU